AUGCGGAUUCUUGAGUAUAUUCGUAUGUGUACGGGUUUGAGUAGAGGGAGUACGGCACUUUGGACUGAUUUUAAAUCUUUAGCGCUCCCGCGCCUCUAUGCUAGGGUUCUAAUGUGUGACGAUGGGAUUGUUAGCGACCGGAAAAGGAUGAUAUCAGAGGCUGCGAUCGUGUUUGGGAGCUGGAUUGGGGGCCAGGCAUGGCGCCGCCACUUCAUCUGGGCCUUGCUGGUGUUCUGUAUCACUUGCAUUUUCACGAUUAUCGCCUUCGUCGGCGCCAGGCCGUGCUACACCGAUUGCCGCAAGGGGGGAAUGCUGCCAGAUAAUCGAUCGAUCGCGGCGAGCGCUGGCCACGGGCGGCUGCUCACAGUCAAGGGAUCGGAGAUUUUCGAGAGCGGGUUUUGGUCGCUGGGGAGGCAAGAGCGGCUCAAACGCGCCAAGAUUGCGAUCGAGAAUCUUCAUCUCCAGGAUGAGCUCGACGAUCUUCACGACGAUGGGGUCUUGUAUCGUAACAUCUCGCGAUUCAAGAGGAGUUACGAAGCAAUGCAACGGGUAUUCAGGAUCUUUGUCUACAAGGACGGUUACAAGCCAUUGAUGCACGAAGGCCCCAAGACUGGAAUUUACGCGUCCGAAGGGCUCUUCAUCGCUACCAUGGAACGAGGGAAUCCCUUCGCCGUGACCGAACCAAAGAUCGCAACGAUGUUCUUUAUCCCUUUCAGCCUCAAGCAAAUGGUGGACUACAUGUAUGACACGAACAGUCACAGCAUGAAGAACAUCCAGAGCUACAUCGCCGGCUACUUGAGGAGGCUGGCAUCGAAGUAUCCUUACAUGAACGCCACAAACGGGAUCGAUCACUUUUUUGUCUCUUGCCACGACUGGGCUCUUAUGGCACUGGAAAAGCAGGACUGCCAGAGAAACAUCGUCAAGGUUGUCUGCAAUGCCGAUUCAUCUCGAGGCUUCAACACAUCCAGAGACGUUUCGUUGCCGGAGACACGAGUUCGACAGGGAAAACACUCGCCGAUCAUCAGAGACACUUCGGGAAUGGACAGGCCUUACUUGGCGUUCUUCGCGGGCCAAAUGCACGGCAAGCUGCGGCCAGUUCUCCUUGCCCACUGGAAAGACAAGGAUCCGGAGAUGAAAAUCUACGAGGUUCUUCCACCGUCUGUGGCGGAGCGAAUCUCUUACAGCGAACACAUGAGGCUGAGCAAGUACUGCAUCUGCGCCGCCGGAUUCGAAGUCAACAGCCCGAGGCUGGUGGAAGCGAUCGUGAACGAGUGCGUGCCGGUGAUCUUGGCGGACAACUUCGUGCUACCUUUCAGCGAAGUCAUCAACUGGGACAGCAUCUCGGUGACGGUGGCGGAGAAGGAUGUGGCAAACUUGAAAGCCAUCCUGGCGGGGAUCCCUCUGCGGACGUACAAGGAAAUGCAGGCACGGCUCAAGCACGUCAAGCGCCACUUCGAGUGGAAGAACAGCCCCGAGAAGUAUGACAUCUUCAACAUGAUCGUCCAUUCGCUGUGGACGCAGCAACUCAACAACGUUUAGAAGAUCUUCGAUCCAAUGCGUGGGCUGACAA